ACCGGGAGACAAUGCGACUUUUAAUUGGCAUGUCGAGGUGUACACACGGGGUACAUUUACACAGGACUCCACAACCCAGGACCGUGUGGGUCGCCGUCUCUCCCGACCACCAGAGGAAGCGACAUCCGGCCAGAUCGUGGAUGCCCGCCGGAUUCCUUCUCCCGUCCGUCAUAUCGGCUGUCUCCCGUAGGGAUGUGUCUUCAUUUCACCCGUACACCUACGCCAAGACACGGACACCAUCACUCACACCCGUUGCCUUUGCCAGCUCUUCGGUACCGUCCACAUCCGGACCGCGGAAGGACCAAACUGACGCCGAAGGCGGCCAAACACCGACCAGCUUGCCCCUGGAGGACAUCAGAAGGGUUUUGCGUCUUGCCCACCCGGAGAGAUGGAAACUAUCAGCUGCUGUUGGCUUCCUGACCGUCUCCAGCGCAGUCACUAUGUCGGCGCCAUUUCUCCUGGGUAAAGUGAUCGACACAAUCUACACGACUGGAUCAGAUGCGGAGGCCAUGGCGUCCUCGCUCACGUCCCUGUGCCUCGUGCUGACUGGCGUGUUCUUAUGCGGUGGGGCUGCCAAUGCUGCCAGAGUCUACCUUAUGCAGAUUUCAGGCCAACAGAUUGUCCGCAAUCUCCGCGCCUCCGUCUUCUCCUCCAUCCUCCGACAGGAAGUGGCGUUUUUCGACAGGAACAGAACGGGCGAGCUGAUCAACCGCCUCUCGGCAGAUACGGCCGUGGUCGGCCGCUCCAUCACAGACAAUCUGUCCGACGGCUUGAGAGCUUUGGCCCAGGCGGUUGCUGGUGUUAGUAUGAUGUUUUACGUCUCGCCGAGUCUGGCAAGCUUCAUGCUCCUGAUAGUGCCCCCUUUGGCUGGCGUGGCUGUGGUUUAUGGCAGAUAUCUUCGCUCCAUCUCAAAGCGCACGCAGGAUGCACUGGCCCAAGCUACACAGUUGGCAGAGGAGCGCAUCAGCAACAUGCGGACUGUCCGAGCCUUUGGAAAAGAACUGUCUGAAGUCAACAUAUAUACCCAGAAAACAGAUCAGGUCCUCAAACUGGCCAGGAGCGAGGCUGUGCUACGUGCUGUCUUCUUUGGAGUGACUGGUCUCAGUGGUAACAUCAUGAUCCUAUCCGUGCUGUACAAAGGAGGGCUUCUGAUGGCGAGCCAGCACAUGACUGUGGGAGAACUUUCAUCAUUCCUCAUGUACACCUUCUGGGUCGGCAUCAGCAUUGCAGGUCUGAGUACUUUCUACUCAGAGCUGAUGAAGGGCUUCGGUGCAGGAGCGAGACUGUGGGAGCUGCUGGACAGAAAACCUGAGCUCCCUCUUAAUGAUGGUCAAGUUCUGCCUCCAGAGCAGCUGAAGGGCUGCUUGGAGUUCCAUGACAUCUCCUUUGCCUACCCGACCCGUAAAGAUGCUCCCAUCUUCCAUAACCUCAAUCUCCUGGUACCAGCUGGAACCAUCAUGGCUGUAGUGGGACCAAGCGGUUCUGGAAAAUCAACUCUAGUAUCGCUGCUGCUCAGGCUUUAUGACUGCGACUCGGGCAUCAUCACUGUGGACGGUCAUGACAUCAAGGACUUGAAUCCCUACUGGCUCAGAAGUCACAUUGGAACUGUUAGCCAGGAGCCAGUGCUGUUUUCCUGCUCCAUUAGCGACAACAUAGCAUACGGCGCUACAGACCCAGAGGCUGUGACGACAGAGGACAUCCACAGGGCAGCCCGAGUAGCCAAUGCAUAUAAUUUCAUCCAGGAUUUUCCUAAAGGCUUUGACACUAUAGUGGGUGAGAAAGGAGUGCUGCUGUCAGGUGGUCAGAAGCAAAGGAUAGCAAUUGCAAGAGCUCUUCUGAAGAAUCCUAAAAUCUUGCUUUUGGAUGAGGCCACCAGUGCACUGGAUGCCGAGAAUGAGUACCUGGUGCAGGAGGCUUUGGAGCGACUCAUGGAAGGGAGGACGGUGGUCAUUAUCGCUCACCGACUCUCCACCAUCCAGAACGCCAAUGCAGUUGCAGUUCUGGACCAGCGCCGUGUCGCCGAAUGUGGCCAGCAUACCGAGCUGCUGGGAAACAGACAGGGGCUGUUCCGGAAACUGAUGGAGAAACAAGCUUUUCUUCAGGAAGAGCAAAAACGGGCCCUAAGCUAAUUUUUGUCAAGUGGAUAAAGAACAAGGAUGAAAUGAGGUGAGAUUAAUGGCUGGGGUGAACAACAGCAUCCUCAUGCCGGCUGCCUGCGAUAAUGCUGCAAGUGUCCUUUCACUAAGCGAUGAGGCUCCAUGAAGAACCUGAACAAGUACUGACUAUUUACUACCUUUAAUAAAAUGUUAUUCCCCUCUGAAGGGAUAAAAUGGUAAGAGGCACUUCUCGAACUGGAGACACCUGUGGUUGUAAAACAUUGUCAUCAUGGAUGUAUAAUCCAGGUACAUAACAUGUCAAUGUAUUUGUGUGUAGUGGAAAUGUUUUUUUUGUUUUUUUUUUAAUACAAGCGGCACACUGUUCUCAGACAGAACAAUGAUUUCUCAGAACCCCCCCCCCCCAAAAAAAAAAAAAAAAAAAAAAAAAACAGUAUAACAAUUACUGCUAAAAGUGUUUUUAUGUUCUCUUUUCUGGUAGACAAUUCAACUUGAAGCUCACAAAGAGAGCCCUUUUAGUGUUUAUCGUUAAAAUGAAGCAGCUAUAUCAGUAUGUGGUAUUGGUAUUGUGUUAGUGGAGAAAUAAAAGGACAAUAACACUUUUUUAAUGAUCACAUUUGAUUCUCUAAACACAUGCUUGUCUCUUAGUAUAAUUCUAUAUUAUUACACAAGUGCCAACUGGAUUUGCAUUGAGAUGAGUUAUUUUGCUACAGUGAUUUACUUGUUUUAGAACAGACAACGAUUUUUCUGGUUGGAAUUUAUCGAGUGACUCUGUGCUAGUUUGUUCAAAUAAUACUGGUUAUGAUUAGAUACUAGAUGUGUGGUGAUGGAACCACCAAGGUCAACCAAUCCCUUUCUCUGUUAAACUGUCAGCGUCAUCAAACUGAAUGUUCAAAAACGUGUCUGACUAAAAUGUUUUAUAUCAUUCAAAAUAAUGUCACAAAAAAAAAACGUUUUACAUUAAGAAGCUAUCUUUCCUCUGGUUUCUCUUUCUGAGCCCAUGACAAUCAUACGUUCACUUGAAUCAAGAGCAACUCAUUAAAUAUUUUGCUUGUAGAUGCGUUCAAAUACUACAAGGGUGGGUUUACAGUUAAUUUAAAAAAAGAUGUUGGAUUAAUCAAUUACAUAACUCAUAUUCCAGAACACUUGUGUUCAUGCUAGUGAAAGAACAAAUGUCUGAUAGAUACCAGAAUAUAAACUUGGCACAUGCUCAAUCUUAACUAGUUUGAGAUUGUGUACAAUACUGUACAGAGAGGAAUAAAAUUAUUUUAAUUUUAAAGGGGAUUUCCUUACAAACUUUUUAAAUUGGACUUUAGAUGCUUAAAUGCAACUUUAUUUACAAUUUGUGCUCAUAUAAAGAUUACACUAAAUGCAGAGCUAGGAGACAUUGUUUAUUUAUUUUAUAUUAUGUAGCAGAUCUUUUGUGGCAUAGCAAAAUUCAUGACUGGACUUCAUGCUUUCGAAUUCAAAAUUUAGUUCAAAAUGAAAAUGACCUUCACUUUCACAUUGACGGUGCUUGAAAAUGUGUCAUUAUUAUAUGUAUGUGGUGUUUCUUAUGUUCUAUCCUGCAUUUUAAAUCAUGUUUUGAUAAAUUCUAGUUUUGUGUUAAACAAUAAAGUAGAGUAUGUGUAUAUUUGA